AUGAGCAAUCCCUCUCAACUGACUCAAAAUGUUUGUCUCACCCAGAAGAUGGAACUCCCGAAGGGCUCCUCUGGCCAACGGACAUGCCUGUCUGCCCUCCUCAACAUGCUAUCACUCAGCCUCUCCACAACAUCCCUGCUCAGCAACAGCUGGUUUGUGGGCACACAGAAGGUGCCCAAGCCCGUGUGCGGAAAAGGUCUGGCAACCGAGUGCUUUGACAUGCCGGUGCCCUUGGAUGGGAGCAGCACCAACACAUCUUCCCAGGAGGUGGUGCAAUACAGCUGGGAGGCUGGGGAUGACCGCUUCUCCUUCCAUACCUUCUGGAGUGGCAUGUGGCUAUCCUGUGAGGAAACUGUGGAAGAACCAGGGGAGAGGUGCCGAACUUUCAAUGAACUCACACCACCAACCCAGAGAGAGAUCCUAUGGUUAUCAGUGGGAGCCCACUUCUCGUCCAUCGGACUUGAAUUCGUCAGCUUCCUCCUGCUACUAAUGGACCUGCUGUUCACCGGGAACCCAGGCUGCGGGCUCAAGCUGAGCGCCUUCGCUGCCAUUUCCUCCGUCCUGUCGGGCCUUCUGGGGAUGGUGGCCCAUAUGGUGUAUUCACAAGUCUUCCAGGCAACUGCCAACUUGGGUCCAGAAGACUGGAGGCCACAUGCUUGGAAUUAUGGCUGGGCCUUCUACACGGCCUGGCUUUCCUUCACCGGCUGCAUGGCAUCAGCGGUCACCACCUUCAACACAUACACCCAGCUGGUGCUGGAGUUCAAGUGCAAGCACAGCAGGAGCUUCCCAGGAAAGCUGCGUUGCCUGCCGCACCACCACCAGUGCUUCCUUGAGCAGCCGUCCUGUGCAGCCCCCACGGGCCGUCCUCUGAGCAGCUACCACCAGCACCACCCUCAGCCCGUCCGCUCAGUCUCUGAAGGAGCUGACUUCUGCUCAGGGCUACACCACAAGGGAUUUCAGCAAGAACCCAGCCAGAGGCUAAAGGAAGAGAUGGCUGGGUCAUCCGUAGAGGAAGAACUGCGUUAG